CUCCUUGAUUUCCUCAAACUGCCCACCAUCACCCAAUUAACCUCGGGAAGCGCUGAGUCUGAGACAUGGAGGCUUCAUCUCUUUGCCACGCACUAAUUACGACUCUGGUUUUUCUCCUUCCAUUCACUUCGAAUAUUGCUCCAUGCACAGCCACCCCUAGGCCUAAGCCUAUCCCUACGGAGCCAAACACCGAUUACAUCAAAAAGUCAUGUGGCGCCACAUUGUACCCUGACUUGUGCUACAGCUCCCUCUCAAUCUACGCAGCCAAGAUCCAAACCAGCCCCAAGCGCCUGGCCAGCGUCGCCCUCAGCGUGGCCCUUUCGGCCACCAGGUCCGCCUCCGCCGCGGUGGGAAAGCUGUCCAAAAGGCCGGGCUUGACGCCGAGGGAGGUGGCUGCCAUGGCGGAUUGCGUGGAGGAGGUCGGCGACUCAGUGGACGAGCUCCAGCGGUCAGUGGAGGAGAUGGCGCAUAUCAGUGGCCCCACGUUUGAGCUUUAUGUGAGUGAUAUUCGGACCUGGGUUAGUGCUGCAAUGACAGAUGAGGACACUUGCAUGGAAGGGUUUGGCGGGAAGGCCAUGAAUGGGCAAGUUAAGAGUAUGGUUCGGAGGGAGAUGGUGAAAGUUGCUCAUUUGGCCAGCAACGCCUUGGCUCUUGUGAACGGCUAUGCCGCAGCACAUGAGCCUUAGCCGCUACCUCUUGGGGCGUUACGCAAAUUCAAGAACAUAUAAUAUCUAUAUAAUAAAACACAAUAAUUUUUAAAAAUAUAUACAUUUCAAUGGUCCAGAUUGAUUUUUUUUCAGAUGGAUGGCUCAGAUCAUUUUUUUUUCCGCUCAGUCACUUCCCCUAUCUCUCUCUCCCUCUCCUUCCUGCCCAAUCACUUCCCAUCUAUUUCUCUUUUUCUAUCACACUCUUUAUCUCUCUUUCUCCCACCCACCCAUCUCCCUCACUCACUGCCUCUCUCUCCCUCUCACCCAUCCACGAGCAGCUCUCCAUCAGGCAGUAGGCAGCUCUCCAUCGUGAUCGGCCUGCCUGAAGCUCUCCAUCACUACCAUCGCCUCAAGCUCCAUUACCGUCUUCUCACUGCCGCACCGCCUCCAGCUCCAUUGCCAUAUGUGUGCGUGUGCGUGUGCGUGUGUAUGUAUAUGUGUGUGCGUGCGUGUAACUGUAUUUUUUGCAUUUUGUGUGUGAGCGUGUGUAUAUAUAUGUGUGUAUUUUGUGUGUGAUGUAGUCAUUUUAUAGGUAUUUUGUGUGUGUCCAUGAUCUGUUUGUUGAAGAUAAGGGUAGAAGUGUGCGUACGUGUAUGUAUCUAUGCGUGUAUGUAUUUUGCUUUGUUUUCCAGCUCUGAUGCCAAGCAUAUAGCUCCUUGAGCUUCUGGGUUUUUGUUUUUAAUGCUUAACAAGGUUUUAGGUCUA